CCCAAACGCGACGGCAGCGUCCAUCGCAUCCUACUACGUCGUCCGCAGAUCAUCGUAGCCUACCCGCACCCCACCUCAGAACACUCGCGUUACAGCCCACGUCUGCCAUCCUUCGGCAGAUCAAGGCUUGCGGACGCUCUGCUUGCUCAGACAUACAAGGGCAAUAGCAAACCCAUCACGCUUCCUCCCUUGGUCCCCUCUGCCCCACUUUUGGAGGCAAAAGCGCACGACCUUCACCAACUCUUGCCUCUAACAGCACAAGACACUUUCGUCAAGAGCCGUCACGCUUGUCUCCACGUCUUCCCUACAGAUCAUCCAGCCUCUCAAAACGCUUACUUAGCCCAGGGGCGUCAAAUCUAGACCUUCAGCUGGCCAUCAUCAUCCUCGCACCGCAACCUGGUCUUGUCCGGCUCAGCUUCCCAUCAUGAAGUCCCAAGUAUCCUAUACAGCUCUCUGUGUAGUGCUGAUCUUGGCCGGCUUGACAUUACCAGCAUCGCAGCAAUUGAGCGGCCUAGUGCGGGCAGCAGAGAUCGCCCCCAGGGUGAUAGACCCCGAGACGGUGGUACUGCCAGCAAAGAGGACAUAUGAUACCCAUCACUACUACGCCAUAGAGACUCGUGCUGGGGUAGACGUGGAUCCUCGCGACGUCGCUGAGCUAUUAGGCGCCGAGUUCGUAGAAAGGGUAGGAGAGCUGCAAGACCACUGGCUCCUUAGGUCAGAGAAGUCCUUGACAGCUCGGCAGGGUCAAUCGUCCGGCAAUGAGAAGAGAUCAGCUCUUGCGACCCGCAAUGAUGCCUCAGUCGUGGACGAUGAUCCGGUACUCCGCCGAUGGACCUCCUUGUCUCGUUCACGCCAUUCUCGGACUCAUGGACUGAGUAAGCGCGAUCAUUCCCUAGCCAUGUCCAUCAAGGACGUAGAGCGUCAAGUGCUACGAAAGAGACAUAAGCGUAACGUCAUCUAUUCGCCAUGGGACACUCCUCAUCUCGAUCUUCAACAUCGCGCCCCUAUCCCCGGACCUGAACCCCAUCCGUACCCGGAACCACUGCCUCGACCACCUGUCAUUCCGACAGCCAAGCACGUAGUGAUGGCCUUGGAUCACAAGAUUAGCGAUCCCAUCUUUCCUGAGCAAUGGCAUCUCGCCAAUGAUAGAAGACCCGAGAAUGACCUCAAUGUUUCUGGCGUGUGGGCGCAGAACAUUACUGGCACUGGCGUCAGGGUAGCCCUGAUUGAUGAUGGGCUGGACAUGCACAGUCCCGAUUUGAAGGACAACUUCUUCGCUGCCGGUUCGUAUGACUUCAAUUCGCAUGUAGCCCUACCGGAACCGCGCGAGGCAGACGACCAACACGGCACUCGCUGCGCUGGCGAAAUCGCUGCAAUCAAGAACGACGUAUGCGGUGUGGGAGUCGCCUAUACUUCUCAAGUGGCUGGUCUACGUAUCCUGUCUGGCCCCAUCUCGGACGUCGACGAGGCAGCCGCUCUCAAUUACGCUUAUCACGAGAACCACAUCUACAGUUGCUCUUGGGGACCUCCCGAUGAUGGACGCAGCAUGGACGCUCCCAAAGGGCUCAUUGCAAAGGCCAUUCUGAACGGCAUUCAGAAUGGACGUAACGGUAAAGGAAGCAUCUACGUCUUCGCCGGAGGAAACGGAGGAGCGUUUGACGACCAGUGCAACUUUGAUGGCUACACCAACAGUAUCUACACGAUGACCAUCUCUGCUGCUGACAGGGAGAACCUUCAUCCUUACUACUCGGAGAUGUGCGCUUCCAACAUCGCUACCGGGUGGAGCUCGGGCAGCAAUGACCAUAUCCACACCACUGACGUAGCCUGGAACGGCAUCAAUCGCUGCACCGCUCACCACGGAGGUACCAGUGCUGCCGCGCCUCUCGUCGCUGGUGUUGUAGCUCUCGGGCUUCAGGUCAGACCAGACUUGACAUGGCGAGACAUCCAGCACAUCACUGUCCACAGCGCUCAGAUGAUCAACCCUGACGAUCCUGACUGGCAAAAGACGCAGGCCGGGCGACACUACAAUCACAAAUUUGGCUACGGUGUCAUCGAUGCAUAUCAAUUUGUCGAGGAGGCCAAGAGGCACAAGCUAGUCAAGCCGCAAGCAUGGCUCACCAGUGAGAACCAGACUGUCCCAGCCGACGAGACAUUUAUCGGGGACGGGGGAGUGAAGCGUACCUUCACCGUCACCGAGAAGAUGCUCAAGGACGCUAAUGUCGAGAGUCUCGAGCACGUCACUGUCCGAGUCUGGAUCCACCAUGAACGCCGAGGCGAUGUCAAUGUGGAGCUCACAUCUCCCCACGGCACAAAGUCUGUCCUCGCCCGGCCUCGUCGGCACGACGACGCCACCACUGGCUUCCCAGGCUGGGGCUUCAUGUCUCUCAAGCACUGGGACGAGUCUCCCAUUGGAGAUUGGACCAUUGCCGUCUUCGAUCGUGCUCACCCGAAGCAGACGGGCAACUUCUACGCCUGGCAGCUGACCCUCUGGGGCCAAGCCAUCGAUGCUAGCAUUGCCAAGCCGUGGAACUUCCCCGAGAACUCCCUCGAGUACCACGAGACGCUCGCUUCUGCUCCCUCUAGCACGCCUGUGCAAGGCGCCCAGGGGGGAGAAGCCGCCAGCUCGGGAACGUACAAGCUGACAAAGCCCACCGACCAUCUACCAUCGGACCACGGCUCCCAGGCUGGCGAGUCGCACCAGGACUUUACCAAUCCCAGCGGCAAGCCGGAGGGCGACACGGGCUACCUGACCGGUUUGAAGCAGAACUCUACCUGGCUGUUCGUGGCAGUAGGCAUCGUCGUCAUCUUUGGUGCCUCUGUCGGCGCAUUCUUCCUCCUCAGGAGGACACGUCGCGGUAGACGAGGAGGUGAGAAUGCUGCCGACUACGAGUUUGUGCCGGAGGACGAAGACGAGAUGCAGAUGAGUCGUCUGGACGGUGGGCUUGCCGGUGCAAGAGGAGGCGCAGCAAGCGGUGCAGGUCGGCGCACUAGGGAGAUCUACGACGCUUUCAGGCCAGGUAGUGAUGAAGAGGAUGAUGGAGACGAGGACGAGGCUUCUCUCCUCAGUAACCGCGCCCAGCCGUCCAGCAGGGGCGGCCGCGGGGGCGGUAGCGCUACUACGGGGCAGUACAGGGACGACCCGGAAGACGACCCAGUGGACCAACGGGGUCGGGCCGUCUUCGACCGUGAUGAGGACGAAGACGAGGAAGAGGACGGAAGGUUCACCAUCGGCGGUGAAGGCGGUGAUACUCCACUACCGUCUGCUUCUGCUCGAGAGGGAGAGCAGGCUGCUCAACAGGGUGACCUUCUUGGGGCGAGCGGGGAUGAUAAGGAUAAUAGCAGUGGUGGUAGCUGGCAGGAUGCUGCGCUAGAUCAGGGCGAGAAGCAGGGCUAGUGGGCUGUGAAAGAGGUGAUCGAGGUCGGGCUGUUCGUUACUUGUCCGCCGCAUAGAGAGCACUCGCUUGCACUGCGAGCAGAGGGGUAC